GUUUUUUUAACACCCCCCACCCCCUUCUUUUUUUUUUUUUUUUUAAUUUUCAUUGACAAAAUCAUCCAAAUGCAGAUCGUGUGGGCUGCUGAAUUUGAUGAAUCCUUGGCUUACAAUUUAGAGGAAAACCAUCUGGAGGCAUUAAUCAUAGAGCUCCCAAGGGACUCUGGAUCAGAAAUGAAGGAGGAAGGCGCAGAAUAUGGAAAUGGUAGUUUAAGGGGCACCUUACAGUCAAACCAAGGAACUGAGGAGCAUUCGAUACCUGAUAAUGGUGGAAUAAAAUCAGCAUCCACUUAUCACUUUUGUGGCUUAAAAAAGAGUUUUUGGUCUAAAAAUGAACACUUACAAACAUGCAGUAUUAUCUCAACUGGGAAUGGAGAUGAUGAGCUACCUGUCUUUUGUGUAGCAGCAGUUCUUAUCAUGAACCGCCAUAAGAUUGUCAAGGAAACCCAUUCAAUUGAUGACAUGAUAAAGAUUUUCAAUGCUAAGCUGCUGAAGAUACGUGUCAAAAGAUGCAUACAAACAGCAAUCAAAAUCCAGAAAAAAAAACUUUUCCAAGCUAAUCAAGGGCAGAGCUCUACAGCUCCUUAUUCUGAGUAGGUCCAUGCCAUUUCCUGCCUAUUCUGAUGGAAAUAUUAGAGCAUGGCAGUCAGAGCUAUUAUGUGGAGCCUAGAAUCCCUACUGUGGACAUGGCAUGAGAAAAUUUGGUUACCCUUGAUCUUUUAUGAUUGAGGGUUAGAAAGCAGAAAUUUGCUGUUGAAAGAUUCAUCCAACAUUUGCACCUAUGUUACUCAUUCAAAUCUAUUAUGAGUCACUGGAAAGAUCAGGAAGAACAUUCGAAGGAGAUACAUUUUUCUUGUGGUGCAGCUAGGACUGUGAACUAAGCGUGAUUUGUUUCUUUUCCUUUUGUAAGUUACUAUUCUUGUAUAUCUAUAUAACAAAUAAAUUGGGUCAAAAUUUGUUAAAUCUUAUCUUGUGUAUUGAAUCUACAGAAAGAAGAACUAAAAUUUGUAGUUAAUGGGCAGGUGUAGAGAUUCUAGCUAGAGAUCCUUUAGGAGAUAUGUUCUUAUUAUCAACAACUUGUUAAGAAAUUUUAUUCCUUGUU